ACAAACCCCUCAAAAGUCACAAACACAGGUAACCCCAACAGAAACAUUAUACAUAUAUGGCCCUCUGACUGAUAUUUCUCUCCCACCAAACAAAAGCUUUCAAAACCACGCCAAACCCAAAGCCACUGACAUCCCCGUACCCCUCACGUUUCUUCAACUUCUCUUUCUUCUUCUUCUUUCUCAGAUGGCCUAUCUUCAAUCUUUACUUCAUCUUCAUCUCAUUAUUUUCUUGAUAAUGAACCAAACCCAAGUUUCUCUCUGUGCAACACAAAAAACACUCAUAUUACCUCUUAAAACCCAAACACUCCCACAUGGUUUGGUCCCAAAAAGACUAAAUCCUACAAGCAAAAUCUCUUUCCACCACAAUGUUACCUUAACAGUCACACUAACCGUUGGCUCGCCUCCACAGAGUGUUUCCAUGGUCCUCGACACAGGUAGUGAACUCUCUUGGCUACACUGCAAAAAAACCCAAAACUUCAACUCCAUAUUCAACCCACUUUCCUCCAAGUCUUAUUCACCAACCCCGUGUUCCUCACCCGUUUGCAGAACCCGGACCCGAACCCUGCCCAUACCCGCUUCCUGCGACCAGAAUAAACUCUGCCACGCAACUGUUUCCUAUGCUGACGCUUCCUCCAUGGAAGGAAAUCUCGCGUCCGAAACUUUUUAUAUCGGAAACUCGGCACGGCCCGGUACGAUAUUCGGGUGUAUGGAUACCGGGUUCAGUUCCAACUCCGAUGAGGACUCCAAGACCACCGGGAUAAUGGGUCUGAACCGCGGGUCCUUAUCGUUCAUUACCCAGAUGGGGUUUCCGAAAUUUUCGUACUGCAUAUCGGGUCGUGACUCGUCCGGUAUUUUGCUUUUCGGAGAAGCGAGUUUCAGCUGGCUAAAGCCUUUGAACUACACUCCUUUGAUUCAAAUCACGGACCCAUUACCGUAUUUUGAUAGAGUAGCGUAUACGGUUCAGCUCGAAGGGAUUAAAGUAUCGGAAAAAGUGUUGCCGCUUCCGAAAUCGGUUUUUGUUCCGGACCAUACCGGUGCCGGUCAAACAAUGGUCGACUCGGGCACUCAGUUCACGUUCCUUCUCGGACCGGUUUACACGGCUUUAAAGAACGAGUACAUGCAACAAACAAAGGGAAUACUAAAGCUUUUGAACGAUCCCAACUUUGUUUUCCAAGGAGCUAUGGAUUUGUGUUACUUGGUCCCUUUGAACCGGCCGAUUUUGCCCCAGUUACCAAAAGUAAGCUUGAUGUUUCGGGGUGCCGAAAUGGUUGUAUCGGGUGAGAGGUUAAUGUAUCGGGUACCCGGUAUGGUGAGGGGUGGGAAUUCGGUGUAUUGUUUCACAUUUGGGAACUCUGACUUGUUGGGCACAGAGGCUUUUGUGAUUGGUCAUCAUCAUCAGCAGAAUUUGUGGAUGGAGUUUGAUUUGGUGAAAUCUAGGGUUGGACUUGCCGAGGUGAGGUGUGAUCUUGCAAGUCAAAAGCUUGGAUUGGGUGUUUAAGGUGAUUUGAUAGAUAUAAGGCAAAUUUUGUGAUUUUAGGUUUGUUUAUUUUAUAACCAAGGUAUAAACUCCCCCCCCCCCCCCUCCCUGAUUUUAAAGAUGUACAUAAUACAAUGGGUUUUAAAUCAUCUAUUUCUUUUAGACUAAGAUCAUAGUAAUAUGUCCAAUUUAGGGUACUUUAUUUUAUGAAGAAUGCGUGACAAACUAUAA